ACCUUACAACGAUGGUAUACGCACGAGCGCCCUCGUUGCUGUCCCCUCAAGCCAAAAGAGGGAAGGAAAUAUUUAAGGUUUGGAAUCCAUUUAUUCAUUGUCAGUCGCCAAAAAUAAGUUUAAGGAUAUCUUGAACUUAAGGUUUGAGCUUAACCUCCAUGCUAUAGCCAAGAAAUAUUUCUUGCUUCUCCUUUAAACUUCCAUGGCUGAUAAUAUGAUAUGAUCAACAUGCCCACAGAGCACGCAUACCGGCAUCUUCCAAUUCCCAUUCCAGGGUCAGUACUAGAAAAGACCAAGCAUGCACGGGAUAGCUCAAGCAAUUGCUUUCCAUGGAAAGAGAGUUAAGCUUGCUGUUCUACAGCAUAUAAGCAUGAAGCAAAGGUUUCCAUGGUCCAACUUAUUCAGCGCAUCCUCAACUCCUAUCAUACCUCAUCAUGGACUAGAUAACACUACCGUGGCCAAAAUCUUGAAAACUAAGAGGGAUGACGACGACGAAGACGGCGAUAAUGAAGCAGUCUAUUGGUGUCGCACCAAUGAUACAGUAUAUGAUGCUGUGAAGAAUAUGACAAAACAUAAUAUCGGCGCAUUAGUUGUAUUGAAACCUGGAGAUCAAAAGCUGGUUGCAGGAAUCAUCACGGAGAGAGAUUAUCUUCGAAAAAUAAUUGUGCAAGGAAGAUCUUCAAAGGCCACGAGCGUAGGAGAGAUAAUGACUGAUGAGAACAAACUCAUUUCAGUGAAUUCCGAUACAAACAUUCUCCAAGCAAUGCAGCUGAUGGCAGAGAAGCAUAUCCGGCAUGUCCCUGUGAUAGAUCAAAAGGUAGUGGGAUUGAUUUCAAUGGUGGAUGUUGUCCGGGCAGUAGUUGAUCAGCAGCAGGAGGAAGUAAAGCGCCUCAAUGCAUUUAUCAAAGGGGAGUACUAUUAGAAU